AAAUGGUUUUACGUGGUAAUUUUGUCGUUAGCUAACAAUUAAAACAGCGGACUUCGUCAAAUGCAUGGGAGUGGACGUCAGGAAGAAACCGCAGACUGUCUGCUCCAGCUGCACGGCUCCACGGCUCCAGAGGAUUUGACUGGCUUCAGCAGGAGCAGCGAACUUUUACCUUUAUGAGCUUGACUCACACUUCCUGGUAGGCAGACAGUACCUUGUUUAAUCUCAGGGACAAAGCUUGGUCUACUGCUAGAGGGACAUUUGUAUGCGGUUCUUACCUUACAUUCUUCACCUCAUUACAACACAGACAGAAGUAAGUACUGGAAACAGCCUUUAAGGAGCGACUGGGACAGAGGGAGCUGAGGAAUCGUUGCCGUCCCUGAGAGGAUCAGUCUGAAGGAUCUCAUGACAAGUUACAGAGACGGAGGAUUUUUCAACCAUGGCUACCAUGACGACGAGACCCUGGAAAUUGAUAGGGCUCCCAGCAAAUCCCGACACACUAACCCCUAUGCCGAGGAAGACCCAGGCUGGUGGGGUCAGAGGGAUUUGACUAGUGAGGCCAACAGUGGUGAUGCUUUUGAGCUGGCACCCCGGGGUGGCUGGCAAUAUGAGAGCCGGAGGGGGACAGAAAUCAUCCAAAUGGACACCGUCCCAGAGCGCCCUGAGACUCAUUCAUCGUACGCGCCAAGUCACACCAUGCCUCAAACUGAACGUGAAUAUCAGUAUGGUCAAUCACCACCUGCGCGACGUCCUCCUUCAGUGUCAGAUUACAUGUCACUGAGGUGGAGAGGAAUGACAAUGAAAAGGAUGAGCAUGCGUCCUGAAGAAGGUCCUGCCAACGCAGCUGUCAUAGAGGAUGUUUACCAGAAAGAGGUGGAAGAUGUGACAGAAAACCUGAUUAAGGAACUUGUUGCUCUGUCAACGCAAGACAGAAUCCGGGCCAUGCGCGAUCUCACAAUGAGCUUUCAAGGGAGGAAACACAUCAGGAGCCAAGUACUGGAAUCUUCCAAGAAAUCUCGCGACUUCACAUAUUUUACAGAAUACUCUGAAAUUGUCUCACUGUCUUUACGAAGGUUCGGCUACAGCGUUCGGUCGGCCAGGCAGACCCUGGAACUGUGGCACGGCACCUUGAAAGAGAUCGGCGGAAAGUUUGGCACCAGUGUUCGCUCCUACUUCGUCUUCCUCAGGUGGCUGCUCAUGUUUAACAUUUUCACCUUCCUGGUCAACUUCAGCCUCAUCACCAUUCCGAUGCUUGUUUACGACCACACUCCCAACGUGCCUCCAAAUGUGACCUUUACAGGACUGGAGUUACUGACCGGAGCUGGUUACUUUGGUUAUACCGUCAUGUAUUAUGGCGCGUACAGCAAUGAGACCCUUCAGGGUCCGGUGAAGUAUGACCUGCAGCUGGCCUACUUCUUCACCAUCGCAGUCUAUAUGGUUCUGUGUGGAAUAGCACUUAUUUACAGCAUGGCAAGCUCAUUCCGGAAAAACUACAUACUAGCAGACCCAGCGUCAAACAGCGCAUGGCAGCUACUUUGCAGCUGGGAUUUUAGUGUAACCAACGAGAGAGCAGUGAGACAGCGCAGGAACAACCUCAGUGUGCAACUCAAGGAGUCUUUAUCAGAAAAAUACCAGAAGGUGAUGUUAACCACCGCUAAAAGAGUGGAGCUCUAUGGGGUUCGCUUGGGUUGCUGGUUUGUCUCGACUGCCUUGGCUGUUGGCUGUGCAUGCAGCAUCUACUAUCUCAGCGAACACAUACUCGAGUCUACACAGCUGGAAAAUGCACCCAGCUGUUCUCUGCGUCUGGAGGCAGAGACUCUCCUGGUUCCCUUUGUGGUGUCUCUGAUGAACAUGGUCAUCCCACUCUUCUACUCCAUCUUCAACCACGUUGAACAAUACUCCAACCAGCGCAUACAGAUCUACGCUCUGGUCGCCAGAAAUGUCCUGCUCAGGUUGUUCAUCUUGGCUGUUUUGUGUUACUCCUGGAUGGAUGUGGUGGCUGAGAGUUGUCAGUGUUGGGAGUCCCUGGUCGGACAAGCUUUGUACCGACUGGUCAUUUUUGAUUUCAUUUUUCUGAUGUUGGGGUCCUUCUUUGGAGAGUUCCUUGGCAAUUUGAUUGGGAGCAAGUUCCUGCCACAGCUGGGGGUUCCAGAGUUUGACGUGGCCAGAAAUGUCCUUGACCUCAUUUACGCACAAAGUCUAGCCUGGAUUGGAAUUUACUUCUCUCCUCUGCUUCCUGUCAUUCAGAUCCUCAAAUUCUUCAUCUUGUUUUACUUGAAGAAGUUCAGCCUGAUACUGAACUGCCAGCCUCCGAAGCGAUCGAGCAGGGCAGCUCAGAUGCAAACCAUCUUCAUCUUCCUCCUCUUCUUCCCUUUCUUUGUGGGAGCCCUGUCAAUUGUUGGAUACACUGCCUGGACAUUGAGACCUUCAGAGCAGUGUGGUCCUUUUCGGGGACUCAACAACACCUUCAGUGUGGUGGGAGUCUGGAUCAACGAUUUGGAUGAAAUCUCUAGUUCCCGCUCGACCGUCUGGGUCUACGAAUACGUCAUCAGGAGUGAAAUCUUCUACUUUAUUAUCACACUCAUCAUCUUGGUCAUCAUAUACAUGUUCUGGCAAGUCAUUCAGGGUCGCAGGGAGCUUAUUGUCCUACUGAGACAACAGAUCAUUAACGCGGGGAAAGACAAGUCCUUCCUGUUAGAGAGGCUACAGAAAGACCAGAAAACUCUCGGCACCAAGCAGAGCAUACAAAGCGGGCAUAAAAAACCCCCUUCAGACAACUUUUCUGGCGGUCAGUACAACUCAAACGCCAAGUUUCAGACUUCACUCGCUCGCCAGCCGCUGGAAGAAGAGGAGGACGGACGCAGCAUUGGUGAAGUGCCCGCUGCCUCUGACACCUCCAGUGCUGUGAUGAUGGACCUUCAGAGAGCUGACAGUGAGAAUCAAGAUUCGUACCAGGAGCCUGACGAAGACUUCUCACCCCCCAGUGCCUUCGCGUUGGCCAUGGCAGCCAGGAAGAGUGCUGAGAGUCAAGAGAGAGACGAAUACGACCAUGCAGGAGGUGUUAAUGAAAACAGAUCCGCUGCUUUCGCCCAAGCCAUGCAGGCCAGACAAAGAGCAGAGGACAGGGAGGAGGAUACGGAUGACCCGCCAAAUCCAGUGUCAAGUGUUAUGAUGCAAGUCAUGCAAGCCAGGCAGAGAGCAGAAGAAGAAGAAGAAGAAGAAGACCGCAUGCCGUGGGUCAAUGCUCCCCCAUAUAACCCAUCUCUUUCAGGCUCCAGUGCUCUCAUCCAGGCCAUGUGGGCCCGACAACAAGCCCAGAAUGAAUACGAUGACGGUUAUUGAACAAAAAGGCUCUGAACAGGCAUGGAUAACAUCAGAAUGGAUCUUAAAAAGCCAAAAUCAUAUCUUGUUUUUUUUGUUGUUUUUUUUUGUCACCCCUACUAAAUUAGCACCACAAUAUAAAGAAAAAUACAUACAAAAGAACUAAGAUUAGUUAACGCUAUACGAGAGUGCAGGUCCACCUCUUUAAGCACAUUUUAUACAAGAAUAUUUUACUAGCAGGUUUCUGUGAUUGUCUCUAAAUAUUUUAUGAUAUAGAAGUGUAUAAAUAAGUGUACAAAUGAACAUGAGGACUAAACUUGUGCCAUUGCUAAUGUAAUUUUUGUAUUGUAAACCGAAGUUUUUGAUAUUUUAUAUCAUCUCUGUGAAAUGUAAAUAUAUACAAGAUGACAAUAAAAGAGAGAUGAGCAUAAAUAACA